AUGGGGAGCAAUAGAGAACUGAAAGAAAUACAAUAUGUGCGGAUGGAAAAUAUGGCGAAAGUUGCAAGUUCAAUUGCAGCGGGAACUGUAAAAAUAAAGUUUUAUGUAGAACAACCGAUGGAGUUUGUGUUGAUGGUUGCAGUGCGGGCUACAAAGGCAGAAAAUGUGAUCGAAGUUGUCAUCGUUUGUUGUACGUUGUGUAAUGAUGGAAAAUAUGGGGAAAACUGUGCCUAUGACUGUAGCGGAUUCUGCAGAAAUGGAAUAGCAUGUAGCAAGACAGAUGGUAUUUGUAUUGGUGGAUGUAGUCCGGGAUAUAGAGGAGGAAAAUGCGACCAAAGGUGUACGAAUGGAACAUAUGGACGGAACUGUAACUUUAAUUGUAGUGGACAUUGUAUGAAUGAUUCAACAUGUAGACACACAGACGGGUAUUGUUUAUUAGGUUGCAAACCAGGAUGGACUGGAGACACUUGUCAUAAUAAAUGUCAAGAUGGAUUUUAUGGAGCAAAUUGCACGCUUAACUGUAGCACACAUUGCUUGAAUGGCACAGUUUGUAUACAUACAAAUGGUACCUGUACGAAUGGAUGUGAUCCUGGAUGGACUGGUGACAUAUGCAAGGAUGAAUGUCUGAACGGAAAAUAUGGCGAGGGAUGCAUCUUCAACUGUAGUACACAUUGUCUAAAUGACACAGUGUGCCUGAAUACAAACGGCUCCUGUAGAGAUGGAUGUGACCCAGGGUGGACUGGAGACACCUGUUUGAAUGGUAAAUGA